AUGCGAUCUGCAGUAGUUUUGACCGGCGCUGCGAUCGGUGCUUUGGCCGUCUAUGCGCUCACGCCGCGCAAAAGCUCUUACGAAGACACUGUGGCGCAGGACGUGCGGGCUGCGACGCACUGGUCGCCUCCGACACGUGAGCAAAUGAUUCAGGCGCUCGAGAAAUCUUCGACUGUCCAUCUCCGCACGGACGGCACCCUCGAGCGCAGCAAGUCGCUUUUGGUUCCCCAGCACCGUGCCCAAGGCAGCAGCCCCAUCCCUGAGGUGGAGCAUGCAUACCCCGUGCCCAAGGAAGGCGAAAAUGAUGAGGGCUUUGACUUGCUUAUUAUUGGCGGUGGUGCUACCGGUGCUGGUGUCGCGGUGGAUGCCGCCACGCGCGGUCUCAAGGUUGCGCUUGUCGAGCGCGACGACUUUGGCGCCGGCACUUCGUCCAAGUCGACCAAGCUUGUGCAUGGUGGUGUGCGCUACCUCCAAAAGGCCAUCAUGCAGCUCGACUAUGAUCAGUACAAGAUGGUGCGCGAGGCACUCAACGAGCGCAAGACGUUUUUGCACAUUGCUCCCUACCUGAGCGACUCUCUCCCCAUCCUCAUUCCUGCCUACAGCUGGUGGAAAGUUCCGUACUACUGGAUUGGCACCAAGAUGUACGACCUGAUUGCUGGCUCGCAAAAUAUGAGUGCUAGCUACAUGGUCAGCCGUAAAAAGGCGCUCGAGCUUUUCCCCAUGCUCCGCACGCACAAUCUCGCCGGCGGUGUCGUCUACUACGACGGCCAGCAGAACGACACGCGCAUGAAUAUUGCGCUGAUUCUCAGCGCAAUCCAGCAUGGCGCUGUUGCGACGAACCACACCGAGGUGGUGAAGCUGAACAAGUCGCCCAGGUCAGACGGCAAUGGCGAGCGCAUCACAGGCGCCCGGAUACGCGACAGGUUCACGGGCGAUGAGUUUGACGUGCGUGCCAAGGGUGUCAUCAAUGCGACGGGUCCUUUCUGCGACUCCAUUCGCAAGAUGGACAUACCGACGGUACCCGAAAUUGUCGUUCCUUCGUCCGGUGUGCACAUUACCUUCCCCGGCUACUUUAGUCCCCGCAGCAUGGGUCUGCUCGACCCUGCCACCAGCGACGGUCGCGUGAUUUUCUUCCUCCCCUGGCAGGGCUCGACGAUUGCCGGCACUACGGACACUGCAGCCAAGGUUGAGGAUCAGCCGAUUCCCGGCGAACAGGAAAUCAUGUGGAUUUUGGACGAGGUGCGCAACUACUUGAACGCAGACGUGACGGUUAAGCGCUCCGACGUGCAGAGCGCAUGGAGCGGUCUCCGCCCCUUGGUCAAGGACCCCAACGCCAGGGACACGCAGAGCCUUGUGCGCAACCACUUGAUCACCGUUUCAGACAAUAACUUGCUCACGAUUGCAGGCGGAAAAUGGACAACGUACCGCGAGAUGGCCGAGGAAACGGUGGACCGUGCGAUUCAGCUGUUUGAUCUCAAGCCCUUGCGCGCUUGCAUCAGCAAGAACGUGCGCUUGAUUGGUAGCCACGAGUGGUCGAGGACCAUGUAUGUGCGUCUGCUGCAAGAGUACGGCUUAGAUCAGGAUGUUGCCAUGCAUCUCUCGACGUCGUACGGCGACCGUGCAUGGAGUGUGCUUGCGAUUGCGGAGGAAACUAGCCAACGCUACCCAAAGACGGGCAUUCGCCUUGACUCGCAGCACCCCUACAUUGAGGCCGAGGUUCGCUACGCGACCCGUAUGGAGUAUGCUGCCAAGGUCGCCGACUUUAUCGCGCGCCGCUCGCGCUUGUCGUUCCUCGACACGCAAGCGACCAUUGAGGCGCUUCCGCGUGUGAUUGAUAUUAUGGGCGAGGAGCUUAACUGGACAGAGACGCGCAAGCUGGAAGAGUUCAAGGAGGCCAUCUAUUUCCUUGCAAGCAUGGGUGUCGAUCCAUCCAGGUGCGCAGAGCUUGCUAGUGUGCCGCUUGUCGAUGCGCGCCGCUGGAGCGAGACUGGUUCGACUCGCGUCCCAUCCGUCGUAACGCCCUCUGCCUGA